UCCUUCACAGCCCCACACCCCACCGGUCUCUCUUCUCUCCUCCCUCCCGCCUCUCUUCCUUCACUUCAACACAUCCAAAUUCCUACCUUGUAAGUCUCCUCCUCCUCUCCUUCCGCUGCUCGGUUUCCUUCUGACACGGAAAGCAGAUAUCUUUCUUCAGGCCCCAUAAGAAAGCUGCCACCUUUCCAAUUACCCCACCCUCGUCUUCUUCCCUCGUCAUUCUCGGGUUCCUCUCCGCUUUUGGUGGGUUGUGCUUCCUCCCUCAGCUUCUUGAAUUCAUGUUUUAUGAUGAUGAAAGGUUCUUCGAAUGCGUUCUAGUUUGAUAAGGGAGAAGGCUUUCUCAUCCACAAGGAUGGGAGACCACCUUGCGUUGCUGGUGGACCACCUGCUUACCGAAUCAACGCUGGAAGCAGCCAUUGGAAGCAGGAAGCAAGGCCAGAUCGCCACCGACUCGGCAUCCUCGGAGGACCCAGGCAAAGAAUUCACUCGAAAGAGAAGCGUCAGAGACAGGGUCUCUCCGGGAAAAUUGGUGGAGUGCCGAAUCUGUCAAGAGGAAGAUGAAGAUUGCAACCUGGAGAUCCCUUGUUCAUGCUGUGGCAGCUUAAAGUAUGCUCAUAGGAAAUGUGUUCAAAGAUGGUGUAACGAGAAGGGUGACACAGUGUGUGAGAUUUGCCUGAAGGAAUUCAAGCCAGAUUACACUGCCCCUCCUCCUAAGCUGUUUCACUAUGGGAGUAUUCCUAUGAACUUUAGAGGAAACUGGGAGAUCACCAGAGAAGACCUCGAUGACUCUCGGAUCAUAACAUUGUUUCCGUCAGAACGCGAUACGAUGCGUUCCAGCUAUGGUGAUUUAUCAGCAUUGAGCACAAGAAGCACCGUUUGCUGUCAAACGGUUGCCAUAACAUUCAUGUUGCUUUUGCUCCUUCGCCAUAUGCUUCCUCUCGUGAUAAGUGGAACCGAGCAGCACCCGUUCGCUCCCAUCUCAAUACUGCUGUUGAGGACUGCUGGAAUUUCACUGCCAGUCUUUCUGAUGAUCAGAACAAUAAGGACAUUUCGACAUCAGCAGAGAAGAUGAGCAGCUCUCGGUAGCAUCGCAUUGUUAGAAAGGAUAAGAGAAACAAAUCCCACCGUCCUUGUGUCGAUGCAAGAAAAGAGGUCAGACGAGAGAAGGUGAGGAGGAAAACUGGAGAUGCUUCAAGCAUGAUCACAUCAUGACAUUUGGCAUGACUGUGCACUAGUAGUUUUGCUGCCGCUUUGUACAGUCACUAGUUUUUAUUAUUCUGUAUUCUUCGGUUGACGCAAUGAAUUGAUGUUGGAUUAA